AUGUCCACUGAACGAACUUCUUGGACAAGUUUGUCCACUAUUCAGAAAAUAGCGCUGGGCCUCGGGAUCCCAGCCAGUGCAACAGUUGCCUAUAUCCUAUACCGCAGGUACAGGGAGAGCAGAGAAGAACGGUUGACAUUUGUUGGGGAGGACGACAUCGAAAUAGAGAUGCGAGUUCCCCAGGAGGCCGUAAAGCUCAUCAUUGGCCGGCAAGGAGCCAAUAUUAAACAGCUGCGGAAACAGACAGGUGCUCGGAUUGAUGUGGACACAGAGGAUGUAGGCGAUGAACGGGUGCUGCUUAUCAGUGGGUUUCCUGUGCAGGUGUGCAAGGCCAAAGCAGCCAUCCAUCAGAUCCUGACAGAGAAUACCCCUGUGUCUGAGCAGCUUUCUGUUCCGCAGAGAUCCGUGGGCAGGAUCAUAGGGAGGGGUGGCGAGACAAUUCGUUCUAUCUGUAAAGCCUCUGGAGCCAAAAUUACCUGUGACAAAGAAUCAGAGGGGACGCUACUACUAUCAAGGCUUAUAAAAAUCUCAGGAACACAGAAGGAAGUGGCAGCAGCCAAGCAUUUGAUACUAGAGAAAGUUUCAGAAGAUGAAGAACUUCGGAAGAGAAUUGCUCAUUCUGCAGAAACCAGAGUCCCACGCAAGCAGCCAAUCAGUGUAAGAAGAGAGGAAGCGAUAGAGUCUGGUGGAGCUGGAGAGCCAGCUUUGUGGAAGAGCACUGAUACUGGUGCCGGGCUGGAGCCGGCUACACCACUGAGAGUUCCUCCCCGAAAAGGAAGCGGUGACAUGGCUGUUGAAGGGCCAGAAGGUGCUUGGGAGAAACCUAAUGGGGACAGCUUUCAGAAAUCUGGAGCCCAGACCAGUCCAGAGAUGUCCAUGUUUGAAAUCCCUAGUCCUGACUUCAGUUUCCAUGCUGAUGAGUUCCUGGAAGUCUACGUGUCUGCCUCUGAACACCCUAACCACUUCUGGAUCCAGAUCAUUGGCUCCCGCAGUCUGCAGCUGGAUAAGCUUGUCAGUGAGAUGACCCAGCACUAUGAGAACAGUCUACCUGAAGACUUGACUGUGCAUGUGGGAGACAUUGUAGCAGCACCUCUACCUACAAAUGGCUCCUGGUACCGAGCUCGGGUCCUUGGCACUUUGGAGAAUGGGAACCUGGACCUGUACUUCGUUGACUUUGGAGAUAAUGGCGAUUGCCCACUGAAGGACCUCCGGGCACUCAGGAGUGACUUCCUAAGUCUUCCAUUUCAAGCAAUAGAAUGUAGUCUGGCACGGAUCGCCCCCUCAGGUGAACAGUGGGAAGAGGAAGCUUUGGAUGAGUUUGACAGACUCACUCACUGUGCUGACUGGAAGCCCCUGGUGGCUAAGAUCUCCAGCUAUGUCCAGACUGGGAUCUCAACUUGGCCCAAGAUUUACUUAUAUGAUACUAGCAAUGGGAAGAAACUUGAUAUUGGGUUAGAAUUAGUUCGUAAAGGAUAUGCAGUUGAACUUCCUGAAGACAUGGAAGAAAACAGAGCCAUCCCAGACAUGUUGCACGAUGUGGCCACAGAAACAGAGGUCUCUCUCGGCAGCAUGCUCGCUGAGACCAGGAAGAGCCCUGGAGAAAUAGCAAAUACCCUGUCCUGCCUCAGCUUAUCAGAAGCUGCCUCUGUGUCUGGUGAUGAUAAUCUUGAAGAGGACUACUUACUGUGA